AUCACAGUGCCCUCAUUCCGGAAACUCGUGACGUGUUCAGUGUCAAAAAAACCCGAGUAUUUGAGAAAAUUUCACUUAAUCCUCUCAAUUUAAUUAAAUUUGAGGGUUAAGGAGAGUGAAUUUGGUGCAUUUUCCAAUUGGAACUCCUUCUUCACAUUCUGUUGAUGCAAUUUCACGUGUUUUGGGGAUAGACGGGUGGUGUUUGUGUGACAUAUUGGGGUGGUGAAAACAAGUCCCCCAACUAGGUUAGUCAGUGCUUUGUGGCAAGGGAAGAGUCCUCCGGAGGCGUUCAAAAUGAUGGAAGGAGAGGCUCCCAGUAGAAAUAUUGUAUCUCAAUUCUUCAUCAGAAUAUCUCAGCUCUAUCAACUCCAACUCGACCGGUUGACUCCGCACACGAGAAUCCGAUGGGGCGGUGCUGUUUUCCUCAUUUUCCUCUUUCUGCUGCGCGUCUUCACCAAGCAGGGAUGGUACAUUGUCACAUAUGCCUUGGGCAUCUACCACCUCAACCUCUUUAUUGCAUUUCUAACGCCUAAAAUUGAUCCAGCGCUGGAUUUAGACGAUGAUCAAGGACCAGAAUUGCCAACACAUGCCAAAGAGGAAUUUCGUCCGUUCAUCCGGCGAUUACCGGAAUUUAAAUUUUGGUAUGCAGUGGCCAAGAGCACUGUCAUUGGCAUCAUUUGUACCUUCUUCGAGGUGUUCAACGUGCCAGUGUUCUGGCCAAUUCUCGUCAUGUACUUCAUCACACUCUUCUGCAUAACGAUGAAGAGACAGAUUAAGCACAUGAUAAAGUACAGAUAUUUGCCGUUUACACAUAGUAAACCGCGCUAUCAGAGAGUUCCGGAGACACAGUGACAAUUAAAAGCACAAUCACUGCUGCCCCAAAACGUGGCCCCAGCCGCGACAGCUGAGGCGUCGCGGAAUGAGAAGGAGAUGAUUGCACCAUCAUCGAUUUCAACAGUUUAAACCACGGGGGAUUUUUCUCAGUCCAUUUUGCCUCUUUUUUUCACCCCCCUUCUUCAGUUUUACCACAUAUACACCAUCAAUGUUGUUGUUGUUUCCUCGAAGAAAUAAAAAAAAAGACAGGAAGAACCAAAAAGACAACAAAGAUCCUGGGCGCGGAAAGGAGACAAAAUUUUUUAGAGGAAAAUUAUUCGGAUGACAAAAUGCAGUGAAUUGUGCUUACUUUGGACGGUAUUUCUUUUUGCAAAUAAUAUUUCUUUUUUCUGUUAAUAUAUUGUGGAAAAAGAUCCCAUUUAUUAUUUAACAGUCUCUGUAGUGAUUUUUGGAAAGCUGGAUGGAAGCGUUUAAUUAUAAUUUGUAAUUAAAAAUAACA